CGGGCCGCGGUGGCCAAAACGCGCUGUCCGAUUGCAAGCUGGCAUUUGCCUGUGCAAUGGGAUUUCUUGCGACCACAGACACCUACACCCGCGUGCGUAAUUUCCAUCGCGCCCGCACACAUACAUGCCAUCUGAAAUCUUUCCCCGAAUCUCUCCCUGAAUCUCUCCCUUCCUUUCCCUCUCUCAUAUCUGUGAUUUAGAGACGAAACGUCGACCAGAUUUGAUUCCAUUCCGAAUACCACAGUAGAAAUGCAGAGGGCCAAGGAUCAACGGCCAAGAUCGUCUAGGCCAACCACAAUCCAUGGCUUCGCGCAGUCCGGAGAUCUCAACGCCUUCCAGAAGUUGCUUCGCGGGAAUCCUGCUCUUCUCAACGAGAGUAACCCCGUUAUGGCACAAACACCCCUCCAUGUUUCUGCUGGUUACAAUAGCAUUGAGAUUGUAAAAUUUCUUCUUGAUUGGCAAGGACCUGAGAAACUGGAACUGGAGGCGAAGAACAUGUAUGGAGAAACUCCACUGCACAUGGCAGCAAAGAAUGGGUGUAAUGAAACAGCAAAGUUACUUCUUGCCCGUGGUGCUUUUAUUGAAGCCAAAGCAAAUAAUGGAAUGACUCCCUUGCACCUUGCUGUUUGGCAUUCUCUUCGAUCUGAAGAUUGCUCAACUGUCAGUACAUUGCUAGAGUACAAUGCCGAUUGCAGCACCGAAGACAAUGAGGGCAUGACUCCUGUAGAUCAUCUCUCCCCCGGCCCAGGUAGUGAGAAAUUACGGGAUCUCCUCCUGCGGCAUCUUGAAGAGCAGAGAAAACGGAAAGCCCUUGAAGCAUGCAGUGAGACAAAAGCAAAGAUGGAUGCGCUCGAGAACAAACUGUCUAACAUAGUGGGCUUGCAUUUACUCAAAACACAACUUCGGAAAUGGGCAAAGGGAAUGCUCUUGGAUGAGAGGCGCCGCUCCCUUGGUCUUAAAGUUGGAGCUAGAAGGCCACCUCAUAUGGCUUUCCUCGGAAAUCCUGGAACAGGUAAAACUAUGGUGGCUCGAGUCCUUGGGGAACUACUCCAUAUGGUGGGCAUACUUCCAACAGAUCGGGUAACAGAAGUGCAAAGAACCGAUUUGGUUGGUGAGUUUGUUGGCCAUACAGGGCCAAAGACAAGAAGAAAGAUCCAAGAAGCCGAAGGAGGCAUUCUGUUUGUAGACGAAGCCUAUCGAUUGAUACCAAUGCAGAAAUCGGAUGACAAGGAUUACGGAAUAGAAGCAUUGGAGGAGAUCAUGUCGGUGAUGGACAGUGGAAAAAUUGUUGUAAUAUUUGCUGGCUAUAGCGAACCAAUGAAGCGCGUGAUAUCUUCCAAUGAGGGCUUCUGCAGACGAGUGACCAAGUUCUUCCACUUUGAUGACUUCACCUCAGAAGAUCUUUCCAAGAUUCUCCAUCUCAAAAUGUGCAACCAGGCAGAGUCCAGUUUGCUGUAUGGAUUUAAGCUACACCCAUCGUGCAGCGUACAGGCUGUUGCAGCGCUCAUUGAACAAGAAACCACCCUGGAACAACGCAAGGAGAUGAAUGGAGGUUUAAUCGAUCCAAUGCUGGUGAAUGCCCGGGAAAUUUUGGAUAUGAGGAUCAGUUUUGAAUGCAUGGAUGCAGAUUCUUUGCUCACAAUCACCUUGGAGGACUUGGAAGCAGGUCUUCAGACCUUGACACAUUGAAACCCUGCGAAAAUUCGAAAAGCCGAAAGCUGGAGAAACAAGGGAAGAGAAAACAAGAUUAUCAUCAGGUAGGAAUUCAUUAUUUGCUCUGCAUUCUUUUACCUCAAGAAGAUUCAAUUUGAGUUAUUGUUUGCCAGACGUUACACACAGAUGGCACAAAAAAAUGCCCUGUUCUUCUUUUGCUCUGAAUUCAUUCUUUCAUAGUACUAUUGUAUUAUCUAUCUGGUUUAUGUAUGUAAUUGAGCUAUGAACUGCAGGAGGGCUUGUCGAAUAUCCGCACAGCAGAUUGUAUUCUAUCUGACGUUAUCUGUACUGUAAUGAAAUUUAAUUAUUUUUUUGCUA